AUGUGUUUCACUACGGAAAUCGAGACUCCCACCGUCACAUACACUCAACCAUUGGGCCUGUUUAUCAAUAACGAGUGGGUCCCGGGACUGGACGGUCGUUCUUUCGAGGUUUUUAGUCCACAGGAUGAGCGCCUCAUCGCAGUGGUGGCUGAAGCGUCUGGGAAAGAUGUUGAUAUUGCCGUUAAAGCCGCCCGCGACGCUUUUGAGGGACCUUGGAAAACAGUCACCCCGUCCGAGAGAGGCCGUCUACUGGUUCAGCUUGCGGACCUAUUCGAGAAACACAGUGAUACCUUGGCUGCAAUUGAGUCUCUCGACAAUGGCAAGGCACUGUCCAUGGCGAAGGCGGAUGUCGCCAAUUCAGCGGGCUGCUUACGCUACUAUGGAGGCUGGGCUGACAAGAUUGUCGGCCAAACCAUUGACACCGAUCCAAAAAAUCUCACUUACACCCGUCAUGUGGCGGUCGGCGUCUGCGGUCAAAUCAUUCCAUGGAACUUCCCGUUAUUGAUGUGGUCAUGGAAGAUAGGCCCAGCAGUCGCAGUAGGGAACACAGUUGUCAUCAAAACAGCCGAACAAACCCCGCUUUCUGCACUGUACGCUGCACAAUUAUGCAAGGAGGCAGGCUUCCCGCCAGGUGUGAUCAACAUUAUUUCUGGUUUUGGACGGAUUGCAGGCGCUGCGCUUGCAUCUCAUAUGGAUGUCGACAAGAUCGCCUUCACCGGCUCCACAGCCGUGGGGCGUUCCAUCCUCCAAGCUGCGGCCAAGAGCAAUAUGAAGAAGGUUCGGGGGAAGUCUCCCAGUAUCGUCUUUCCGGAUGCUGACCUUGACAAUGCCCUUUCUUGGGUCAAUUUUGGCAUUUACUACAACCAUGGCCAGUGCUGCUGUGCUGGGUCUCGCAUUUUGGUUCACAAGGAUAUUGUCGAGACAUUUAUGGAAAAGUUUAGGCACCGCGCUGCGCAGAACAAGGUUGGAAACCCAUUCGACCCCGAUACCUUCCAGGGUCCUCAAAUCUCGAAAGUGCAAUUCGAUCGAAUUAUGGGCUAUAUCGAUGAUGGAAAGAAAGCUGGAGCCAAACUUGAAGUUGGUGGCAACCGCAUCGGUUCGGAAGGGUUCUUUAUCGAGCCUACUAUCUUUUCAAAUGUUACUGAGGAUAUGAGCAUCGUCAAAGAAGAGAUCUUUGGACCCGUCUGUACUGUUCAGACGUUUGCUAGUGAGGAAGAGGCUAUCCGCCUUGCAAACAACACGUCCUAUGGCCUAGCAGCAGCGGUCCAUACCACCAAUAUUAACACCGCGGUUCGCGUCUCCGAAGCCGUAAAAGCCGGCACCGUGUGGGUCAACACCUACAACACACUCUCAUACCAGGCUCCUUUCGGUGGCUUCAAAGAGUCGGGUCUCGGACGCGAGCUGGGGUCUUAUGCACUUGACAACUAUACGCAAGUGAAGACGGUCAGGGUUUACACUGGUGAUGCUUUGUUUGGCUAA